ACCAAGUUUGUAUUUCGCAGAUAUUAAAGUGAAAGAGCAGAGCGUCGAGAACAUGAUGAGGGGGAAGAAGAUCUACGAGCCUCCUCGCUACAUGACAGUCAGUCAGGCUGCAGAUCAGCUGAUCCAGAUCAUCCAGAGGAGGAGGGAGGAGGGGGAGGAGCUAGGUAUGACAGAGGACACGAUGUGUGUGGGCGUGGCCAGGCUCGGCGCAGACGACCAGACCAUCCGCGCAGCAACGUUACGUCAGCUGGUGUCAUGUGACCUUGGCGGUCCACUUCAUUCGCUGGUCAUUACCGGUCAGCUCCACCCACUGGAGGUGGACAUGCUGCAAGUGAACGCAGAACCAAAUGCACUGGAUCACCUGCGCAUGAUCGACAGCUCCACCCACAGCUCGUAAUCCAGACAUGUUUGUCUUCCUGCACUUGUGAGGACUGUCACUGGUGUCGAGCGUUCUCGCACCUGAAAACACAAAAUGUAAACUGAUUCUGACCUGAACCUUCAGACUGUCUACUACAAGGGUUUGACAGCCUGGUCCUCACAAAAAUAGCUAAAUUAAACAAACACACGUUUGUCUUUCUGUGCUUGUAAAGACCAUUAUUUGCAAAUUGUGUUCCCAAACCUCUGAACUGGAAACGUUAAAACCUUCAGACUGGUCUUCUCUGUGGAGACGAGGAGCAGAGACGUCCUCGCUAGAAUGGUUUACAGCAAUGGUCCUCACAAAGACAGCGAGACAGGAAGGUGUCGUUGAUCAUCAGAAUAAUAGAAGAACAUUUGUGAUCCAUAACUGUUUCUUUGUACUGUGAAAACAUACAGUUGAACAGUUGAGUCCUCCUAAUGUGUGUUAAUGACUGAGGUCCCCACUCUGUACCCUGAGAAGAACAAAAUGUAAUGUCAUCAAUAAAGAGAUCAAUAAUCAGA